AUGAAUUAUUAUAAAAGAUUAUAUAAAAUAAAUUCAUCAAUAUUACAUAAUCCAUUAAUUUAUAAUAUAAAAGGAAAUUUAAUAAAUUGGAUGUAUAAUAAACCAUAUAAUAGAUUAGAUGUUAUAACAAUUUAUGGAAGAAAUACUAUAGAAUUAAAUAAUAUACCAAUGGGUUAUACACCAGAAUAUAUACAAGAAAGAUUAAGAAGAUAUUUUUCUAAAUUUGGUAUAGUUACAUUUGUACGUUGUUUAACACAUGAACUUGAUCCAUAUCAAUGUAAUGGUAUUGGAUAUGUAUCAUUUAGAACUAAAAAAUCAUCAUUAGAAGCUUCGAAAACAAAUUUAAUCUUACCAUUCACACUUCAUAAUAAAAUCAUUUCUAUUCAACAUUUAUAUUAUAAUACACAUAAUGAUAUUAAUUAUUAUUUUAAACAAUUACAUUUUAAUAAACAAAUUUUAUUAAUUAUACAACAAAUAUAUUAUAAUAUUUUUAAUAAUGGAAUUGAUAAUGGAAUCUUUCAAAAUCAAGACUAUAGAGAUGGUAAUUUUAAAAAUGGUAAUUUUGGAGGUGUAAAUUCUAAUGGAAUCAUUGGUAAGGGAAAUUUUAAAAAUGGUAUUUCUAAUGGAAUCAUUAAUGGAAAUGUUAAUGUAAAUUUUGAUAAUGGAAUAUUUGAAAAAUGUUUUUAUACAAAUAAAUUUAUUAAAGCUGGAUCAUCUAUUUUUAAUAUAUUUGGUUCAUGGGAUAAUUUUUUUAAUCAAUAUCCAAUUAAUUGUUUAUUUAAAAUUAUAGAUGGUAAAGUAACAUUAUUAUUAUGUUCUGAAGAGAGAUUAAAGAGAAUAUUAAAGAGUAUUGAAAUAAUAUUGAGUAAGAAAUUGGAUGAAAGUAUUUCAAUAAAUUGGAGAUUAGGGAAAUUAGAAUUACCAGAACAAGCUAAAAAAGAAGCUAAUGAAUUAUAUCAUUUGGAACCAUUACCAGAACAAUUACAAUUAUUCUCUAGAAGUCAUACAAUGUAUAGAUUACAUGAUGAAAGAUAUUUAUUCAAAUUCUCUUUAAAACAAAAAAGAAAUCAACAAAGAAAAUUAUUCAGACAAAAUAAAAUAAAAUAA